AUGACUCCCCGCACUGUUACCCCGGUCAACAAGAACUGGCAGUUCAAGCAGCAGAAGGAAGACGAUUCGUCUUAUUUACCAGUCGCUCAAUUCCCUACAAACGUUCAUCUUGAUCUUUUACAUCACAAAAAGAUCCCCGAUCCGUACAUUGGAAAGAAUGAAUUAAAAGUUCAAUGGAUUGGAGAGACCGUCUGGGUCUACAAGACCACCUUUGAAAGCCCAAAGGUUAGCGAUGGUGCAAAGGCGGUUCUGGCCUUUGAUGGCCUUGACACAUUCGCAACGGUUGAGCUAAAUGGUGACAAUAUUCUUGAGACUGAGAAUAUGUUUGUUCCUGAGCGUGUGGAUGUCACAAAGAACCUCAAGAAAGACGGCGAGAAUGAACUUCGCAUCACCUUCGACGCUGCUUAUUUGAGAGGCUGGAAGUUGGUGGAAGAGCACCCCGAUCAUAAGUACGUUGUCUGGAAUGGAGAUGGCUCAAGACUACCGGUCAGAAAGGCACAAUACCACUGGGGGUGGGAUUGGGGCCCUGCUAUGCUCACUUGUGGUCCCUGGCGACCUAUCAACCUCGAGGUUUAUGAGUCCCACAUCACCGACCUAUACUCUGAAUCGGAAGUGGAGGAGUCUUUAAAAAAGGCCAACGUUGUUGUGCAUGCCACAGUCGAGGGCAAAGCUUCAAAAGUCCGUUUCGACGUCUCCUUGGAUGGAAAGGGGGUUGCGUCUGAAACUGCAAAUGUCAAAGAUAAAGAUGCAACCACCACCUUCCACAUCCAAGGCCCAGCUCUUUGGUUUCCCGUCAGGUAUGGAAAGCAACCUCUUUAUACCAUUAAGGCCACCCUUCUCGAAGACGAUAAUGAGAUUGACUCAAUCUCUAAGAAGAUCGGCCUUCGUAAACUAGAGCUCGUUCAACGAGAGCUUGACGGACAACCAGGAACCAGUUUCUUCUUUCAAGUCAACAACAUUCCCAUAUUCUGCGGUGGCAGCAACUGGAUCCCAGCAGAUAACUUCAUCCCUAGAAUCUCAAAGGAGAGAUAUCGCGACUGGGUCAAGCUUGUCGCUGACGGUAACCAGUUUAUGCUUCGAGUUUGGGGAGGUGGCAUUUACGAAGAAGACGUCUUCUAUGAUGCAUGUGAUGAGUUUGGUAUUCUUGUCUGGCAAGAUUUUAUGUUCGCCUGUGGAAACUACCCUGCUUGGCCCAAGUUCCUUGAGUCAAUUGACAGAGAAGCUCGAGCGAAUAUCAAGCGACUACGUCACCAUCCCUCAAUUGUUCUCUGGGCUGGAAACAACGAAGAUUACCAACUACGGGAGUCAGAGGAGCUCACUUAUGACUUUGACGACCAUGAUCCAGAGAGCUGGUUGAAGACUGACUUCCCGGCUCGUUACAUCUACGAAAAGCUACUCCCAGAUGCCUGCAACGAGCUCCAUCCGGGAGCCGUCUAUCACAUUGCCAGUCCUUGGGGCGGCAAGGUGACCACUGACCCUACCAUCGGAGACAUCCACCAGUGGAAUGUCUGGCACGGCUCCCAGCAAAGAUACCAGGACUUUGAUAAGCUUGUUGGUCGUUUCGUUUCCGAAUUCGGUAUGGAGGGUUUCCCAAGCAUCAAGACCAUUGAUGACUACCUUCCAAAGGGUAAAGAUGACCCUGAGAGGUUUGCAACAUCGUCUACCAUAGACUUCCACAACAAGGCAGAUGGACAGCUUCGCAGGCUCGGCCUUUACAUGGCCGAGAAUUUCCGCUUCACCAUUGAUCCCCUAGAAGAUUAUGUUUACUACAGUCAACUGCUACAGGCUGAAGCCUUAGCAUCGGCUUAUCGCCUGUGGAAGCGUCAAUGGCAGGGCCCUAAUAAGGAAUAUUGUAGCGGUGUCUUGGUUUGGCAGACCAACGACUGCUGGCCGGUUACAUCAUGGGCUAUUUGUGACUAUUACCUCCGACCAAAGCACUCCUACUUCACCAUUAAGCGGGAGAUGGCACCAGUCACCAUUGGGAUGACACGCCGAGAACACAAGCACCCCAAGAACAAGUACACAAGGGUCGACAUUGACACCAGAGUACAAGUUGAGAUUUGGGGAAGCAACCUUGAUUUGGAAGAUGUGACUGUGGACUGUGUUGUCAAAGCCUGGGAUGUCGAAACUGGAAAGGAGACGUACUCUCAGACAGUAUCGUCGGAUCUGAUUCUCCGAAGCAACCGUUCGACAGAAAUCAAGACACUGAAUGUCCCUGUUGAGAAGCCCAACGCUGAUCUUGAAGCAAAGACUGUUGUUGCCGCCUACCUGUAUCAAGACGGAAAGCAGAUUGCGCGAUACGUCAACUGGCCUGAGCCACUCAAGUAUCUGCACUUCCAGAAGCCCAAAGAACUUAAAGCCAAGCUUACCGACGGAGCCAAGUUUGUAGAAGUCAGUGCUGAGGUCCCAAUCAAGGGACUGGCGCUUGAAUGUGAGGACAAUGAAGUUAAGUUUGAGGAUAACCUGGUGGAUAUCGUUCCUGGGGAGGUUGUGGAGAUUGGAAUUAGAGGCGCGAAGAAGGAUACUGCUAUCAAGACACAGUACUUGGGGAUGCAGGUAGAUGCCUGA